GAUCGCGUCCAACUUUUCUGAUCGAUUACUAAUAAUCACACAUUAAGCUAGUCUUUAUGGCCAGCUUCACAGCAAGAAAGUAGUGUUUGUGACUUUGAAAUGUGAUCUAUUUCUGCCGAGUGUCUGUCUACGAUUAGUCUCUGGCGUUAGAGGAGGAGCUGGCUGCCCCACGCACGACACUUUCUCCAUUCCCCAGACGGCGCAAAACAAUUUAGUCAUAAAUCCUCCUCCCCUGACCCUCGAAUACGUCACCGCCGCUGCUGCUGCUGCUGCUGCUACUACUGACGCCUCUGCUGCUCUGCCAAGUGCGCAGCUCCGUGGACGCCCCCCCCCUCCCUCUCCACACCCCCACCCCACGACAACAAGGUUAGCCCACAGCAGCAGCAGCAUGGCCCCGCAGAGCCGCCGCCGAGGGAUCGCUCGGACAUUCAACCGUCGUCAUGCGGACACCGAGUCUGCGUCACCCCCAUAAACGAGGACGCGCGCGCUACCAAUCCUCACGGGAUCAUCUCUUGGGAGUAUCCAUUCGACGAACACGCGUGAAUUUGAAGAACCAUGGAGGUAAACUCUGCUGAAGCUCCUACCCCGGCCGUCGCUGCUCCGCCCACCCCGAAACCUCAACCGCCCUUAUACCUCAGCCCCGCCCACAGCCUGCUGGAGUGGCGUCGGCGGGUCAGGUCCGAGUACAUGCGCCUCCGCCAGCUGAAGCGCCUCAAGAAAGCAGAGGAGGUCAAGGCCGUGUUUGUAUCUAACCGGGUCAAGAUCGAGAAACAGACCGGCAUCCUCAAUGAGGAAUGGUCCAAACUGAGGAUCCAGUCGGUGCCCUUGUCGUGCUCAGGCCCCGGCCCGGCGGCUAGUAAGAAGAUGUGUACCGUGGAGUCGGGCUUCCCGGGGUUCAAAGUUCAGGCCGUGGCCAUGACGCCUCUGUCGACAGUGACGGGAAUUCCCUUCAUGUACUCCUGGUCGCCUUUGCAGCACAACUUUAUGGUGGAGGAUGAGACAUUCCUGCACAACAUUCCCUACAUGGGCGACGAGGUAUUGGAACAGGACGAGGCCUUCCUGGAGGAACUGAUUGACAACUACGACGGCGUCCAUGGCGACAGAGGUGCGUUUUUUCUUUUUUUAAGCCACCAUUCCUUGACAUCUACUCUGCUCAUAUUGCCUUAUCGCCUCCCAGAGGGGGGCUUCAUGAGCGACGAGAUCUUUAAGGAACUGGUGGAGGCCUUGAGCCAGUACUCUGACCACGAGGACGAGGAGGAGGAGGAAGCGGCGAUGGCGACGGCAGCGACCGAAAAAAAGGAAGAUGAACGAGCGAUGAGGCGCAGCUCGAGCGAGGGCUCAGAGGAGACCAAAGCGCCGUUCAUCCGCAGGAAGAGGAGGAGCACUGUGGAGGUUCGGGACCCGUCUGGCAGCAAGAAGAUCCCCAGCGACAAGAUCUUCACCGCCAUUGCCUCCAUGUUCCCGUACAAGGGCACCACAGAAGAGCUGAAGGAAAAGUACAAGGACCUCCUGGAACCUCCCAGCCUGGUCAAGCUGCCCCCCCUCUGCACCCCCAACCUGGACGGACCCUUUGCAAAGUCGGUGCAGCGAGAGCAGUCGCUGCACUCCUUCCACACGCUCUUCUGCAGGCGAUGCUUCAAAUACGAUUGCUUCCUCCACCCUUUCCAUGCAACACCAAACGUGUACAAGAGGAAGAGCAAAGAGAUCCGAAUGGAGACAGAUCCGUGCGGCGCCGACUGCUUCCUGUUGCAGAAAGGGGCUAAAGAGUUUGUGGAUCAGAACAUGUUGCGCUCGCGGAGGUCCCGGAAGAAGCGCAGGCAGCAACAGCAGCAACAGCAGCAACAGCAACAACAGCAGCAACAACAGCAGCAACAACAGCAGCACCAACAGCAGCACCAACAGCAGCAACAGCGGCCCGCCAGUGCGAGUUGCCCUGGACCGUCGGGCUUUGCCGAAGAGAGCAAAGAUGGAGAAAGCGACCAUGAAACGACAUCAUCCUCAGAGGGGAAUUCGCGCUGCCAGACCCCGACCAAACUACGGCCGGCCGACGACGAAGCCGAGCAGCCGACGUGCUGCGCGGUGGAGUGGAGCGGCGCCGAGGAGUCGCUUUUCCGGGUGCUGCACGGCACCUACUUCAACAACUUCUGCUCCAUCGCCCGCCUCAUUGGCACUAAAAAUUGCAAGGAGGUGUACGCUUUUGCGGUGAAGGAGGCACUCAUCCAUCACGUCCCCCUGGUGGAUGGAGGCAUCUCGCCGCAGAAGAAGAAAAGGAAGCACAGGUUAUGGGCAAAGAUCCAGCUAAAAAAAGAUAACUCGUCCAAUCAGGUGUACAACUACCAGCCAUGUGACCACCCGGACCAUCCAUGUGACAGCACCUGCCCGUGUGUCAUCACCCAGAAUUUCUGCGAGAAGUUUUGCCAGUGUGAGCACGAGUGCCAGAACCGCUUCCCGGGCUGCAGGUGCAAGACCCAGUGCAACACCAAGCAGUGUCCCUGCUACCUGGCCGUGAGGGAGUGCGACCCGGACCUGUGCAUGACCUGCGGCGCCGCCGACCACUGGGACAGCAAAGGGGUCUCGUGUAAGAACUGCAGCAUCCAAAGGGGCCUCAAAAAGCACCUUCUGUUGGCGCCGUCAGACGUCGCCGGGUGGGGCACUUUCAUCAAAGAGCCUGUGCAGAAGAACGAGUUCAUCUCAGAGUAUUGUGGAGAGCUCAUCUCGCAGGACGAGGCCGACCGACGAGGAAGAAUCUACGACAAAUACAUGUCCAGCUUCCUUUUCAACCUGAACAACGACUUUGUCGUCGAUGCCACCAGGAAGGGGAACAAAAUCCGCUUUGCCAAUCACUCGGUCAAUCCCAACUGCUACGCCAAAGUGGUGAUGGUGAACGGAGACCACCGCAUCGGGAUCUUUGCCAAGCGGGCCAUCAUGCAAGGAGAAGAGCUUUUCUUUGACUACAGAUACAGCCAAGCGGACGCCCUCAAAUAUGUCGGCAUCGAGAGGGAGGUGGACAUGUCUUAGCCGCCCAGCGCAAUACACAAAUACUGCAUAUCCUGACCUUAACGUCUGCUAGCGCCUCCGCUAACGUCUCCACUAGCAACUCCGUCCCAUCCCGCCUCCCUCUGCAGCAUGGAAUGUUGGCUCCGUCCUUCAAAAAUAAGAGCCUCAAAAAAAAAAAAAAAAAAGCAGUCACUAUCUCCUCGGUGUCCCUUCCUUUCAUCCGACCAAAUGCACGAGUGUCCACGUCACGCUUGUCAACUUGAUACUAUUACAGUAAUCCGUGUCGCAAAAGGCUUUUGCUUCGUGCUCACUCCGGGCCGUACUCGUAGUGUCCGUUUAGUUCCAGCGAGCGCGAACGUGCAUGUGCUGUCUCUCGGGUAAAUAGAAACCAGUAAACGCGUUUAGUUGGCAGUAUUUUGCUUCACAGUGUUGUCGUCACAUGACGCCACAAGAGGCUCAAAGUUGUGCAGUUAUGUUAAAAAUAGUAUCGUAGGCAAGAAACCGACUGACUGAAUGUAACCCGGAGAUGGCGGUGAAGAGAUCGCAGUCAUUUUUGUUAAAGGGGGCAUGUUAUGGAAAUUUGACUUUGUAAUGGCUUGUAUACAUAUAGUUGGGCCCUUUGAGUGCCUGCUCAUCCAUAAAUUGUGGAAAUUAAAGUCAAGUAAAUCUUGA